UGUGAGUCGCAGUACUCUGUCCGUCCAGCAGAGGGCGGCGGCGGCUCCCUGCCGCUGCUGCUCCCGGUCCUCGUGAAGAAGAGGAGACGCACUUCCGUUCUGUCAGACUACGCUUAGCACAGCGAGACGUCAAGAUGGCAGGCCGUCGUGUAGCCCUGAAGGCCAUUGACUGGGUGGCGUUUGCUGAGCGGGUUCCACCCAACCAGAAGAGCAUGUUCAACGCGCUGAAGACUCGCACUGAUGGCAUCGCUGCCAAACUCACCUCCCUGCCAGAGACUGCUGCAGCCAUUGACUGGAGUUACUACAAGACUGCAGUGGCCAAAGCCGGGAUGGUUGAUGAGUUUGAGAAGAAGUUCAAAGGCCUGCAGAUCCCUGAGCCUGUUGACACACAGACGAACGCCAUCAACGCACAGGAGGUGGAAGCUAACAAAAGUGCAACAGCCUACAUUGAAGCAUCUAAGGCCCGCGUUGCUGAGUAUGAGAAAAGGUUGGCUAAGUUCCAGAACAUGAUCCCCUUUGACCAGAUGACCAUCGAGGAUCUCAACGACGCCUUCCCCGAGACCAAGUUGGACAAGGUCAAACACCCUUACUGGCCCCACAAGCCCAUUGCAGAUCUGUAAUCCUAUUACUGGACAUUCAACCCACAAUAAAGACUAUGUAUUUUAAAAGAGUACUGUUGGAUGAUUUCACUGUUUGUUAAACAUCUGAAAAUAAAAUGUGUAUCUGUCUGA